AUGAACGCCGACGGUGAUGAACAGCUAAAAUCUCUUAUAGAGGCCCUUAACUAUUGCCAAAAAAACAUCACAGUUCGAAGUUCGUUCACAGCUUUACAGUCCAUUUACGGAGCAGAUGCAAUAACAUUGCAUGCUGACUCUGAAAUUGAUCACUCAUCUUCGCUUCGAUAUAAUGUUCUCUUGACCCUUGAACCAACUUAUGAGGAUGUUUCGUUUCGAAUUUGUGUCUCCAUUCCUCCCCGAUACCCGGAAGAGUGUCCACCUCAACUUCAGCUCCUUUCUCGUUAUAUCGGUAGCUUUGGGGUCGAUACAGAUUUGUUCGGUAUCGUCACUCGUGCCUUCAUUUCUACCGCUGGGGUUCCUUGGUCUCCUGGAGAUGUGUCAGUCUUCGAUGGAUUGGAGAGCGUUAAAAACAUUAUAUAUGGAUGGUACGAAACUCGUCUUAGCGAAGCGAAAGUUGUCCAGCUCGCCCGAGAGGACCAAGUUGGGGAACGUUCUCACUCUCAGAGUGGCGAGGUGCCUGGAAAUUUGGUUACUGGAUCAGGACCUUUAGCCCCCCACGCCGUUUCCCAACUCCCGCCUGGAGUUGAAAUUGUAGAAAGCCCACCUAUCCAGGACCGGGGUUCGGUCUUCGUUGCUCGAGUUUGUCGGAUUGAUCGUCCAUCUCAAGUGCCAUUGAUUGUUGAGAAUAUAAGGUCGGAUCGUCGGAUCGCCCGUGCUGCCCAUCCGACUAUCCAUGCGUGGAGGUGCACGGAUAAUGGUGUCCUCCACCAAGAUAAUGACGAUGACGGGGAAACGGCAGCUGGGGGCAGAUUAGCACAUCUGUUGCAAAUUCUUGAGGUUGACCAUGUGUUGGUAGUUGUGACUAGACAUUUUGGUGGUGUUCUCUUGGGAGCCGACCGCUUCAAACAUAUAAAUCAGUGCGCUCGUGACGCUCUAGAGCUUGGUGGAUUUGUGGCUGAUGAAAAGCAACCACGAAGAAGCCGCAAACCGGCGAAAAAACGAGCAUAG